AUGGAUCUAAAACUAAAAAAUCCUGAGUUCUGGUAUAGUUUUCACGGCCAGGUCCUCGGGCUGCUGGACUGGGACAUGGGGAAUGAGUUUUUCCUUCCAUGCACCACAGAACAAUGCCCCUUAACUGAGCAGAACCUUGCCAUACACAGACUUUCAGUGAUCGAGCCCCCAAUAGUGCCUCAAGAGGGGAUACCCCGUCCUCACAAAGAAGGUAUUGACUCUGAACCCAACGUGUGGAUGUGGAUGAAUCCUAACAUCAUCUUAGCCUCUGGCAACAAUGAGGCCUCAAAGCCUGUUAAGAAAAAGGAUCUGACAAGCAUACUUCCUUCCCCUCAACCACUCCCAAAGGACAGAGUUAACUACUCAGAAGCAACACUAAUGGAGUCCCUGCCAACUUCUUCCACUGAGAAAUCUACCCAACAGAAGCAGUUUACCUCUUCCCACAGUGAAUGGGAGCUCACAGAAGAGGAGACUGAAGAACAAGAUGGCAUUUCCUCUGUGGCCCUUCAAUCCUCUAACAAAGGGGAAUGUUUCCAGAGCCAGAAGCUAUGGCAAGGCAACAACCAGGAGAGAAGGUCCUGGCACCGCACCUCUCUCAAUUACAGCCACUUAAUUGCCCUGGCAUUAAGAAACAGCCCUCCCUGUGGCCUCAAUGUGCAAGAUAUCUACAGUUUUACCCAACAGCAUUUCCCUUUUUUCUGGACAGCUCCAAAUGUGAAGAACACUAUUCACAACCUCUGCUUCCUGAGCAGCUUUGAGAAGGCACCAGUAAAUCAUCAUGAUGGGACCAAGGCAAAGCCACCAUCUGGUCUCUGGAGGCUUACUGAGGAGGGUCAUUGCUGCUUUCAGGAGAAGACUCAUGCCUUAGCCUCUGCUCAGAGGGAGAGCAUCCAACAGUGCAUGAGCCAGACAGAUAUUGUGACCUCUCUCUUUGACUUUUGA